GUUUUAACUACUUAGUUUUGCGAUGAAAAAAGCCACUUCACUGAAGUUUUUGGUUCCUAAAAAUGUCUUUUUCAACUUUCUGUUUCUUUUUCUGUAGUAAUAGACAUAAGGAGUCGCUGAUCAUUUUGUCCUGAGGGGGGAAUCCACGUGCAUGCUGAUGUAGAUCUGAAUAUCACAUGUUGUUUCUAACAUGUUUGGAGACAUGUCAAAGAAGUGACAACAAGGAAAUGACCCACUUAAAACAAGGGGAGGUGUUUGACCUUUGACCUCCAACCAGCUGGAGAUGGAAACAGACAGCUGACAGUAUACAGUGUCUCAGCUGAAGACGAACUCCUAGCUUUCUUUCUCUGACCGGCCGACCGACAACAUCGUUCAACAUGGACAACACCGACAACCUGGUUCAUCCCAGCGUGGAAGCUGUUUUAAAGAAACUCGAUCCAGAGGACGGCGAGCAGAUCAUGGAGUAUUUUAAAACUCACGCCAUGCUGGCGAGAGAGAAAGCACUGUUGCAGGCGUCGGUCAGAGAUCAGAAGAAGCUGCUGGUGGAAAACAGCAAACUGAAGAAAGACAUCGAGCAGCUGAAGAAUCAGCUGCAGGAAAAACAGAGGCGACGCAUCGCCAAGGCUUUGUUCUCCACGCCUCCUCCAACCCGUAGCCCCGCCCCCACAACGCCAGUCAAUCAACCUCCCUCCACCGCUGGAGCAUCAGCUGCUGUUCCAACAAAUCCUCCUCCCCCCUCCUCUUCCUCCUCACAUGACCGGAGAGAGAGGCAGAGCAGGAGGAAGAGAGGAGAGAGGAAAGCUCGUCCCACCUGUGACUUGCUCUCCUUGGGGGUGGAGCCUCAGGUUGACGUGUCACGACUGGACCUGCGGGUUGGACGGAUCCUCGGCGUCCGCCACCACCCACUGGCCGAGGAGCUGUCUGUCCAGGAAGUGGACGUAGGGGAAAGCGCCGCCCGAACUGUCGUCAGCAAACUGGGAGAGAAAACAGACCUAGAGGAGCUCCAGGGCGGUCUAGCUGUCUUGUUAUGCAAUGUCAAGGCCUGUAAACUGAAGGGCGUGGUCUCUCAGGCCCGCCUCCUAUGUUGCUCCGCCCCUGAUGACAGCACUGAGCUGCUGGUACCGCCCACAGGCUCCACCCCCGGAGACAGAGUUACCUUCCUCAACUACCCCGGUGACCCGGACAGAGAGCUGCAGUCCAAGCAGAGGGUUUGGGAGCUCCUUCAGCCCGACCUGCAGGUCGACAGCCGGGGCGUGGCGAACUAUAAAGGCUGCGGGUUUGAGGUGAAGGGGAAGGGGCUGUGCAGGGCCCCCUCCCUCACCAACUGCACCAUCAGAUAGACGCAGCGAGGGGCCAUCGCACAGGACAUGCCGAAGACAUAAUGUGCACCAGUGUACUUUUAUUGUGAAAAUCAUGCUCUGCUGUGGCUAAGCAACCACAAAAAUCAGCUGCUGACAAACACUUAGCUAGUUAGUAGUUGUUAUCUUACAGUUGCAUCGCUGUUGUUUAUUGAUUAAAAGGUCAGUUGAU